CUCUUUCCUUCCGCUGUACUUCGGCUUUCUUUCUCCGGGCAUUCUGCAGAUCUGGUUUUUGAGGAGAAGAGCAAGGCAUAGCAACUAGAAAGUGAGGAAUGUUUGAGAUUUGGUUUUGAAGAGGAGCCAUCGGAUAAAAGGGGUUGAAUUCAGAUUUGUUCUUGGGUUCCAUCUUUCUGGUUUUUUUGGAGAGAGCCGAAAUCAAUAGCCACGGAUCUGUGGUCUUUUCUGCGCCUCACAGUAGUCGCUCACCAUCCUCUCUAUCGCACAGCAGCUAGCCGGCCGGCCUUCUCAGUUUUCUUCCAUCUCUGCUACUCUGUCUUGGGUUCGGUAUUUUCUGAAAUAGAGGGAUUUUAGGAAAAAGGGAGUGAAGGAGACGAACGGAGCUUGAUCCCGUGGGUGGGAUCCCUCCUUUCUGAUCUGGACCUACCUCCUCCUAAAAAUUCCGCCGUGGGUGUUUCUGUGAUUUUCUGUUGAUUUUGUUUAGAUCUGUGUUUAAGCUUGUAUUUAGUUUGUUGGAAAAUGAAUGGGAAUCAAAGAUUUCUCUUCAUGUCCUUUGGAUUUGGGUGAUUGUUCACAGUGAGGGCACACCGGCAUAGGAGCCAUGCGGCGCUCAAAGCAAACUAAGUUUGUGAGAACUUUUCCUCUCCAGAGUAGCCAAACGAAGAGCUUCACCCUUUCUGUGCAGCCUAAGUGCCAAAUCCAGGUCCAGUCUUCAGGUCUAGGAGCACUAGAAAUUCUAGUCUGUUGAAUAAGAUUAAAAGCUGACUUAACUGUGAAGUCUCCACAUGAAGCAACAUUCCAAUAAAUUUGAUCAUUCAAG